AUGUUUGUCCAUGCCUACUCGGGCUAUGUCGCUCAUGGUUUCCCUGCCGAUGAGCUCCGUCCGCUUGUCUACUCGGUCCUCAACUCGCUCCGCAUUCCGCAGCUGGUCGAAGAGGAGGAGGAGGCCGAGGUCGGGUCGGCCGAGGCAGCGCGCGGGACGCUCGAUCACGCCUUUGGCGGCUUUCCGCUCACUCUCCUCGAUGCCAUGGACACAUUGGCGGUGAUGGGCGCGUGGGACUCCUACGUCGAUGCGCUGUGGGCCUUUGUCGAUGCCACGCCUGCCUUUGACACCAAGGUCGAUGUCAACGUCUUUGAGCUCACCAUCCGCGGCCUCGGCGCCCUCCUCGGCAACCAUCUCUUGCUCGAGCCGCUGGAUUCGGACCUGGCUUCUCCAGUGCCCGCCGCCGCCCUUGCCGCCCAUCCGUCCGGUCGCGCAUAUCGCGGCGAGCUCCUCGCCCUGGCCGUAGACCUCGCCGACCGCCUGCUGCCGGCCUUUGACACCCCGACUGGAAUCCCGCGGUCGAUGGUCAACCUUGGUGUGGCCAAGCCAGCGGCAGCGUUCCCGUCGGAAACCUGUACUGCCGGCGCUGGAACGCUCACGCUCGAAUUUGUCGUUCUCUCGCGCGUCACAGGCGAUGCCCGCUACGAGGAGGCGGUGAUCAAGGCGCUUGUCGCUCUCCACGGCGCCCGGUCACACCUUGGCCUCAUGGGCAACACCAUCGACGUCAACACCGGCCGCUGGUCGCGUUCCGACUCUUCGAUCGGCGCAGGCAUCGACUCCUUCUUCGAGUACCUACUCAAGGCCCAUGUCGUAACCGGCGAGGCGUGGUACGCGGACAUGUUUGACUCGGCCGCCGCCGCCGUCGAGUCCCACAUGCAUCGCGGCGUCUUCUACCGGGUCGCUGAGAUGAACACCGGCCGAGUCAUCCGCGCCUCCAUCUCGUCGCUCGGCGCCUUUUGGCCGACCGUUCUCACCCUUGACGGCCAGCUCGCCGCGGCGCAAAACGCGUUUGAAGGCUUCUAUGCUCUUUGGCGCAAGUUUGGCUUCCUCCCCGAGGUUGUCGCCCUCACCGACGGAGGCGCCAUCUCGCCGACCUCGCCGCACUAUCCGCUUCGUCCCGAGCUCAUCGAGAGCGCGUACUACCUCUACCGCGCCACCCGCGAUCCCUACUACCUCGCUGUCGGCGCAGACGUCCUCCAUGCCAUCGCCACGCACUGUAAGACCCGCUGUGGGUACGCAGGCGUUGCCGAUGUUCGUACCCGCCGCCUCGAUGAUCGCAUGGACUCGUACUUUCUUGCAGAGACCCUCAAGUACCUCUACCUGCUCUUUGACGUCAACGAGACUUCGUUUGUCCACAACACCACCGCUGCGUCCUUCCCGCCAGGAGGCUACAUCUUUACCACCGAGGCUCACCUGCUCCCAGUUUCGCAAGCCGUGCAUGCUGCUGCCCCGCAGCCCGCAGCCCACACUGCGUCGUAUGUUGUCCGCCUCGCCGCGCCCGACAUCGCCCCAUGGAUCACGUCGCUCUCAACGCACCCCCGCCGCCGCAGCUCGGCACCGCAGCCACAGGGCGUCCCGCGGACGUGCUCGACCGACGAGUGGCGGACGGCGGCAGAUCCGUACGGCCCAUCGCCGUAUGCCGCCGAGGCUCGCGCCCUGGCAGACACUGCCGUUGGCCUCACCUCGCCCGAGUUUGCACCCGAGGCCUGGGCCGAGGGCGGGACCUCGCUCGAGGCUGCUGCUGCUGCCGCCGCUGCCGUCGCGGCCGCGGCCGCCGCUGCGCUCCCCGACGAGCUCGAGCUGACCCAGGCCCCGCCAGGCCCUGCCGCCGCCGACCUCGGCGCCAACGUCGCGGUCCUCUAUCUCUACACCAAGACCAGCUCCGGCUGGCGCCGCACGGAGCUUGACAUGGCCGAGACCGGUCUAGGUAUCGCUAGCGAGCCCGGCCGUGCCGGCAUGGUCGUUCACACCGUCGACGGCAAGCCUGUCGACUCGCCCGACAUUCACCUGGUCAUGCUCACCAACCCGCCGGCCAACGAUCGAGACCAUGGCUACUGCGUCGACACGGCACCGGUCGUCCUCGCUGUCGACGGCAGCGGCGACGAGCUGCCGCCGCAAGAGUAUGCCGCCGCACCGGCGCUCUUUGGCCCGCGAGUUCCUGAAGAAGGUGUACACGCUCCCAUGGUGCUGGCUAGCUCCCUUGCAUGCAUCCGCAUUCCGCGGACCACCACAUCGUACGCGGGCCGCAUCGUUCUUGUCUCGCGCGGCGGGUGCACAUUUGCCGACAAGGUGGCCAACCUGGCCGCUGCUGGCGCCACUGCAGUCGUCGUUGCCAACCACGGCUCCGGCGACGUCUCGCCCGAUGUCGUCUUCAAGAUGAUCGGCUCCGGCUACCGCGCCGCAGACCUUGUGCCUGCCCUCAUGGUCUCGCGCUCGGUCGGCAACAUCUUGCGAAGCCGCAUCCGCGACCGCGAGACCUCGCACCAGCCUCCUCUUGUCGGCGCGCUCUGGGCGCUCCCGUCGUCAGCCGGCCAGGUCGUCGACGCCAAUCUGCUGUCGUACUCGGACGAACCGGUCGUCAACAUCCGCGUCUUUUGGCAUGGCGUUGAGCUCGACGACAUCCCGCAGCUCAUCGCCCACCAGUCGCGACCGCCGCGCCCGGUCACCCCGCGCCUCGAAAAGUAA